UGUUACCCAGAGUCACUUUCCCCGUGUAAUAAAACCAAGAUGGCAGCUGUUGUUGAGAAUGUUGUCAAACUGCUAGGAGAGCAGUACUACAGAGAUGCCAUGGAGCAAUGUCAUAACUACAACGCCCGACUCUGUGCUGAAAGAAGUGUGCGGAUGCCGUUCCUCGACUCUCAGACUGGUGUGGCUCAGAGCAACUGCUACAUCUGGAUGGAAAAGAGACACAGGGGACCAGGCAUGGCUCCAGGGCAGCUCUAUACUUACCCAUCCCGGAGGUGGAGGAAGAGACGGAGAACUCAUCCUCCAGAGGACCCCCGACUCCUUUUCCCUCCUGUUAAGUCAGAGAUUGAUUUAGGACUGAAGAAGGAUUCUCUGUUGUCGUCGGAUGGCAGCAGUCUGGAGGCCUUGCUAAAGGGUGACUCUUUGGACAAACGUACAACCACAGAGGUCCGAGGGUCUGAAGAAGACUCAAACCUGAGCGACUACACCGGAAGCUUGAAUCCUGCUGCCCGGAUCAGAAAGAGAAUCUUAGAGCCAGACGACUUCCUGGAUGACUUGGACGACGAGGACUAUGAGGAAGAUACACCUAAACGAAGAGGCAAAGGAAAGGGGAAGGGCCGAGGCGUGGGCAGCAACAGGAAGAAGCUGGAUGCAGCUGCACUAGAGGAUCGAGACAAGCCAUACGCCUGUGACAACACUAUCAAACAAAAGCAUAUUUCAAAACCUUCUGAAAGAGUCUGUGGGAAGCGCUACAAGAACCGUCCUGGCCUGAGCUACCACUACGCCCACUCCCACCUGGCCGAAGAAGAAGGUGAGGAGAAGGAGGAGAUGGAGAUGGAGCCCACCCUGCCGCUGCCCGAUGAGCCUAAGACUCCAAAAAAGGGCCCAGACGGUCUCGCUUUGCCCAAUAAUUACUGCGAUUUCUGUCUGGGUGACUCCAAAACCAAUCAUAAAACGGGCCAGUCAGAGGAGCUGGUGUCCUGCUCUGACUGUGGGCGUUCAGGUCACCCAUCCUGCCUGCAGUUCACUCCUGUAAUGAUGGCCGCUGUGAAGACAUACCGCUGGCAGUGCAUAGAGUGCAAGUGCUGUAACAUGUGCGGCACCUCCGAGAAUGACGAUCAGCUUCUCUUCUGUGAUGACUGUGAUCGAGGCUAUCACAUGUACUGUCUCAACCCACCCAUGUCUGAACCUCCAGAGGGGAGCUGGAGCUGUCAUCUAUGUCUAGACCUUUUGAAAGACAAAGCAUCCAUAUACCAGAACCAGAACGCCCCACCAUCAUGAUGGCUGCCCCCCUCCUGCACAUCCCAUCACUCAUCCGUCCCUCCGCAGUGUGGUUGCCCUUCAAGAACGGUAAACUCCUCUGACAAACUAAUCUCAGAGGAGUUUUUCUGAAGACAUGAUAAAUUGUGAAAAGGGAAGUAUUUACCAAACUGGUCUCAAUUAGCUUCAGAUAUGACUGUUACACAGUUCUAAGCUCAGAUUUAGCCCCGUAACUUUUUAUUUUGCCACAUUUGAACAGUAAGAAACGAAAUGAACCAGAGCAGAUUUAGCCAAAUGAUCACUUCCUGGUGAGUUUUUUUUUUUUUUUUUACAUAAACCUACACAAAGUUGCAUAGAUCUCAUCUCUGUCCUGCAAUGUAUCGAGUUUAAGAGACUAGAGCAGAAAUAGUUUGUUUGAAACAAGUAGCAUGCCAAUGCUUGCUCGUUAUAAAGAAAUACAUUUUUUAAUAUUUAUAUAUUUCUAUGGUAUAUAAUAGUAUGGAUUAUGUAAAAGUCGGAAAAAGAAUGGUCAUGUAAUGUCUUUUUAUUAGGGGCUAUCUCAUUAUGGGAAAAAGAAAUCUGUAGCCCUAUGUUCAGUCAGAGCACUGCUGGUGUUGGAGGAGUGAUUAUCUGUUGAGACUGUAAAUGUAAAAUCCACUGCCAGAGGCCACACACUGGCACUUCAGUAUGAAUAUUACACAUUAGUACAUUUUGUCAUACUUGUCAAAAAGGCUCCAGACGCUUCAGGGUCGACAGGUCAGACAGUAGGUCUCUGCUGGUGUUCACUGAGCUCAACACGGCUCACCAUGAUGCACGGGAAUGUGAUGAUGUGUGUCAUUUGGGCGACUUUGGGGAUUUUUUGACAAACUCUGUCAGCUUCACUCUGGUCCUGACGACUGCGGCGACAUAAAGCAGACCUGAUGCUGGUACAGAACUGAAAAACACCUGGUCCUGUUUGAGAGAAGUGAUGAUGAUUGUUAUUGUUUCAUCAGUCCUGUUUGCAUUAUUAGACAGGUAAAGGGAUAAAAAGCCUUCAUUGCUGUGUUCUAGCAGUUUGCUAAUGAUGCACCAUUAACAACAUCUGUAGAUGUUGUGGCACCACUAGGUUAUGUUAAUGUAGUUGAGGACUAUGCGACCAUUCUGAUGGUCCUACGCUGACAAUGUAAAAGCAAUAUCAGAGCUCCUGCAGGAUGCUGCGGUGACAGGGACUCAUGGCAGGGUAAGUUUACAAUGUGCGAUACUGUACAUUUUCUUUCUGAGAAAAUGCUAUAAAACAUAGGGGACUGCGGCAACAAUUAUGGACAGCUCCAUAUUAUAGAGAAGAGUUUAUGUUUAUAUGUUUAGUCCCAGGGGGAGACAGCUCUUUUUGUCACUGCUUUCAUAGUUUAAUUAUGCAAUGCAAGGCUAAAUGAAAGUCUGUCUGAACUGCAAAAGCAGUGAUUUUACCUCAAACAGAAACAGUAUUUAAAGGGUUGAAACAUGCUGUAGAUAGAUGGGACAAAGUCAGAGUGAGAACUAGUUACGACAGCUGCAGUGUCCGCUUUCAUAACUGCACAAACUACAGUUAAACAACUGCAUGUAAUUGUCUGCACUCUCAUUUGCUACGUAGUCGUCUCAGCAUUAGGUUUGGCGAAGGUGUUGGGAAGUGGUGUAAUAUAAAUUAACCAUACUAUCAUGUUUCAAUAGCCAACUAACAAUAACUAAAGCAUUACACAAGUAUAACCUGGUUUAUUUUCUCAUCACGUUUUGAACUUACUGGUAUUUAGAGACAAUGGCUAAUAGAAUAUUUUGCUGGUUGUUUUUAUAUUCAUCGAUGAUGUUUGUGUACCUGAUGUGUGGAGCAUUUUGGGACUUAAGGUGAAGUUUCUUUCUAGUUAAUCCUGUGAUCAGGUCUAAAGUGAGCCGCUCUCCUCCAAAGAUCGAAACAAGAAGCAAAGCCUAUAAUUUGACCAAGAGGACAUUUCUCUGGUGGACACAAUGACCACCCUUUACACUGUCCUGUCCAAUAAUUAUUUGGUUUAUGUCAGACACAAAUUGCCAUUUUCUUGUCUUUGGCUUUGGGAGAGAAUUGUUCAUUACAUUUAAUAAAGUCUGAACUGAGAUUGUAGGAUUGUAUAGUAGGUGAAUUCUCUUAGGGUGGACUUUUUUUGGAUUGUGAUGGAACGUUUUCUUGUAUGAAACUUGUUUUCCCAGGAAAAAUAAAUAGUAGGCACUAUAA